AUGAAGCCUUUUUUAAUUACUUUGCACAUUGUCUACCACAUUGGUCAAUGGGGAACAGUAUGUCAUGAUUGGUUUGACAUGAGGGACGCCAAGGUAGCUUGCCGUCAACUUGGUUUUAACAGCGCUGUUGAACAUUGGCGAUACGGACGAGGGACGGGAAAAGUAUGGCUGGACGACAUGAAAUGUACUGGUUCGGAGUCAUCACUUGGAAGCUGCCCUCAUCCAGGAUGGGGUACCGUUGACUCUGCGUGCAAAACUCACAACUAUGAUGUUAGUGCGGGAACAGAACGCCAUUACGACUUUGACAUUAGGAAUGCCAAGGUUAAAUGUCGACAACUCGGUUAUGCCAAAGCUGUAGGAUAUUGGUGGUUUGGACAAGGGACGGGGAAAUUAUAUAUCUUAUAUAUAUUUAGGUUUACAAGGACAGAAUACAAAAAUGAAAACACAAAGAAUAUAACAGUUAAAGAAUACUACGACUACCUAACGAUAACACUUGAACAGCAUUGUUUCGUGGAAGUGUAUCACCAGGGGCAAUGGGGAACAGUGUGUGAUGAUGGCUGGGGCAUGGAUGAUACCAAGGUUGCAUGCCGUCAACUUGGUUUCACUAAAGCUGUAGGACCUUCGUAUUUGGGACGAGGGACCGGAAAAGUAUGGCUAACUGACAUGGCAUGUUCAGGCACAGAGAAUUCCCUUGAGAGUUGUUCUAGUAGUGGAUGGGGUGAUUGGUGCAGAAGUCACACUGAAGAUGCUGGUGUUGUGUGUAGUUUACUUUUCUACCACAGUAGCCAAUGGGGAACAUUAUGUAAAGGGGGAUACAGCGAUGAAUUUGAUAUGAGGGAUGUCAAGGUUGCGUAUCGACAACUUGGAUAUACCAAUACUGUAGGAUAUUGGUGGUUUGGACGGGGGUCAGGUAAAGUAUGGCUGUGGUACAUGCGGUGUAAUGGAUCAGAGUCCUCUCUUGGAAACUGUACUCACAAUGGAUGGGGAAACGUUCACUCUGCCUGCAAUAGUCACACUGAAGAUGUUGGUGUGGUGUUCUUUUAUAUUAUCAAAAGUCCAAAAAUGCUCGAUUUUAUCUUGGAUAUUGGUUUCUGGUAUUUACGACUCGGGUAUAGAGCACUCGAAGUAGAAAACACAGCUCUAACGCAAACUUCACCGUGUCAUUCUUCUCAUAUCAAGUAUUCAGGUGGUGACUGUUUUAACAUUAACGAAGAAAAGGCAGAUAAAUCAGUUAUACUAGAAAUGGGAGACAUGGUAUACCACAGUCGUCAAUGGGGAACAGUAUGUCAUGAUUUCUUUGAUAUGAGAGACGCCAAGGUUGCAUGUCGACAACUUGGUUAUACCAAAGCAGUAGGAAAUUGGCGAUACGGAAGAGGGUCAGGUAAAGUAUGGCUCGACGACAUGGCUUGUAGUGGUUCCGAGUCAUCACUUGGAAGCUGCUCUAGUUGUAGGUGGGGCAACGGUGAUUGGUGCGGCGGAAAGCACUUAUAUGAUGUUGGUGUCGUAUGCUUACACUUUUGUAAACCCCUGUAUGAUUAUUUAUGGUCAUGGAAAUUAAUUUUCUUACCAUUAAUCCCAAUCGGUAGUUUAAGCGGGUUGCUCGCUACGUCACUGGGCUUGUCGCGUCAUGCAAGUGAGACGUCUGUAGGUUUGUUUUUGAAAAAAAUACACCAUACUGAUUACGGUAGUAUCGUACAUGUACAAGUAUACCACAGUGGUCAGUGGGGAACAGUGUGCCAAGAUUACUUUGAUAUGAGGGAAGCCAAGGUAGCUUGCCGUCAACUCGGUUUUACUAGCGCUGUAGGAUAUUGGUGGAACGGACGAGGGAUGGGUAAAGUAUGGUUGGACGACAUGGAAUGUACUGGUUCGGAGUCAUCACUUGGAAGCUGCUCUCAUCCAGGAUGGGGUAACGUUGACUCUGCGUGCAAAACUCACAAUUAUGAUGUUGGUUGUAUUAUACAAGUCUACCACAGUGGUCAAUGGGGAACAGUGUGUUUUGGUGGUUCCGAUGCCUUUGAUAUGAGGGAUGCCAAGGUUGCAUGUCGACAACUCGGUUAUGCCAAAGCUGUAGGAUAUUGGUGGUUUGGACAAGGGACGGGCAAAGUAUGGCUGUAUAACAUGCAAUGUACAGGCUCGGAGACCUCACUCGGGAGCUGUACUAGUAGUGGGUAUGGUAAUGGUGCUUGGUGCAGUCAUGGCAACGAUGUUGGAGUUCAAAAAAUCUGCUUGUUAUUCCUGCAACAAAUAGAAAGACUGCACCAAAACUUUGGAACUCGAUGGCUAGCAGCAUCCGAUAAUCCAAUAACUAAAUCAUUUUACAGGCAUUCUUGGUUUGGUUUUUCAGGUAUUAUACAAGUCUACCACAGUGCUCAGUAUGGAACAGUGUGUCAUGGUAGUUCCUAUUACUUUGAUAUGAGGGAUGCCAAGGUUGCAUGUCGACAGCUUGGUUAUGCCAAAGCUGUAGGAUAUUGGUACUACGGACGAGGGACGGGUAAAGUUUGGCUGAAAGUCUACCACAGUGGUCAGUGGGGAACAGUGUGUCAUAGUUACUUUGAUAUGAAUGAUGGCAAGGUUGCAUGUCGGCAACUCGGUUAUGCCAAAGCUGUAGGAUAUUGGCAAUAUGGACGAGGGACCGGUAAAGUUUGGCUGGACAACAUGCGCUGUACAGGGUCAGAACCCUCACUUGCAAGCUGUUCUCACGAUGGAUGGGGAGGCCAUGGCUCUAGCUGUGACAGGCACCAGUUGAUGUUGGUGUCGUCGACCAUGUUCGAACAUUCAUUCUACCACAGUGGUCAUCUAGAAACAGUGUGUCAUGUUUCGUUUGAUAUGAGGGAUGCCAUUGUUGCAUGCCAGCAACUCGGUUAUGCCAAAGCAGUAGGAUAUUGGCAAUAUGGACGAGGGACCGGUAAAGUAUACCACAGUAUUCAAUGGGAAACAAUGUCUUAUGCUUACUUUAAUAUGAGAGAUGCCAAGGUUGAAUAUGGACAACUUGGUUUUACAAAAACUAAAUUCCUAGGAGGUCAAUGGGGAACCGUCUGUUGUGAUUCCUUUGAUAUGAACGACGUAAAGGUAGCUUGUCGUCAACUCGGCUUUUCCGCCGCUGUUGGACUUUGGAGUUACGGUCAAGGAACUGGGAAAGUAUGGCUGAACGACAUGGGUUGUUCGGGUUCAGAGUCAAAACUGCAAAACUGCACUCAUUCUGGUUGGGGAAGCGUUGUAUCUGAAUGCCAUUCUCACCAGUAUGAUGUUGGUGUGGUAUCGUAUAGUUUUGGUGUUUGGUUUGUUUAUGCAAAUCUACAACAGAGAUCAUUGGGGAACGUAUAUUGUGAUAACUUUGAAUUGAGGGAUGAUGCAAAGGUGGUGUCUCGUCAACUCCGCUCCGAUGAAUCUGCAAGAGCUGAGGAUGGAUAUCCAAGAGUUAUAGAAGUCUACCACAGUGGUCAAUGGGGAACAGUGUGUUAUGCUGGUUCCGAUUACUUUGAUAUGAGGGAUGCCAAGGUGGCAUGCCGACAACUCGGUUAUGCCAAAGCUGUAGGAUAUUGGUGGUUUGGACAAGGAACGGGCAAAGUAUGGCUGACUAACAUGCAAUGCACAGGCUCAGAGACCUCCCCUCAAAGCUGUGCCAGUAGCGGAUAUGGUAAUGGUGAUUGGUGCGGCGGUUACGGCGCAGAUGUUGGUGUACCGUGUGAUCGCAGUUUAGAUAGCUUAUAUAUAAUCUACCAUAAUGGUCAAUGGGGAACAGUGUGUCAUGAUGGUUACAUCGAUGCCUUUGAUAUGAGGGAUGCCAAGGUUGCAUGUCGACAGCUUGGUUAUACCAAAGCUGUAGGAUAUUGGUGGAAUGGACAAGGGUCGGGAAAAGUAUGGCUGUUCGACAUGCAGUGUUCAGGCUCAGAGUCUUCGCUUGGAAGCUGUACACACAAUGGAUGGGGAAACGUAAACUCUGGGUGCAACAGUCACACGUGGGAUGUUGACUUUCGUAAACGUUUGUCGCCUUAUAAGUGUACCACAGUGGUCAAUGGUGAACAGUGUGUCAGACUCGGUUAUACCAAAGCUGUAGGAUAUUGGCGAUACGGAAGAGGGACGGGUAACGUAUGGCUACAGAGCAUGGAAUGUACAGGUUCAGAGUUCUCACUUGCAAGUUGUUCUCACGGUGGAUGGGGAAACCAUGUCUCUAGCUGUGACAGUCACCAGUAUGAUGUCGGUGUUGUAUGUUCAGAUUAUACGAGUAACAGUAUACCCAAGAUAUACUAUUCUUAUCAGGCAUGUUGCCAUGAGUAA